AUGCCAUAUGCUGGUAACUUAACUAGCAAGUUAUCUACUUAUUCCAUCAGAGACUUCAUUACUUUGCAGAGUUUCAAUGUCAUUUCUCAUCCUCCUAUUCCUACAAUUCUGAGGGAAGUCAUUUGGCAACCACCUUUAGCUCAUGGGGUGAAAUGCAAUACAGAUGGUGCAUCAACAGCUUCAUCUUCAGCUUGUGGUGGGAUUUUUCGAAACAACAAGGCUGAGUUCUUGUGUGGUUUUGCGGAAAACAUUGGUUUGUCUUCUGCCCUUAUUGUUGAAUUAUAUGGUGCUAUGAAUGCUAUAGAAAUUGCAGCUUCAAAAAAUUGGAGAAAUCUUUGGUUGGAAACAGAUUCUACUUUGGUUGUGCUUCCACCUAUUUGUCCGUUAGUAGUUUUGAUUGGUGGAUGCUGGUUCAACGGGAGGACGUCUAAGGUGGCGUUGUUAAAGACCGUUUUUCAUGAUGUGAUUGACCUUGAAGGUGAAACAUCUCAUAAAAGAACAAAUAAGGGGAAAGCAGUGGUUCCACCACGGUCGACGACAAUCACCGAUGAAACUUUGAAGAAACUUCAAAGUUUUAAGCAAUUUGACAUUGUCGUUGACACUUCCGACCAUCAUUAUGUUACAAAGAAUUCCUUCACGAAGCAAAAUCUAUCGAGUUUGGCUAAAAAAAUCCAGGAAGAGUGGAAGAUUUUGGUGAAGCAUUUGCCGAAAACAAUAUUUGUGAGAGUCUUCGAAUCAAGGAUGGAUCUCUUGAGGGCUGUGAUUAUUGGAGCAGAAGGGACUCCUUACCAUGACGGUCUUUUCUUUUUCGAUGUUUUCUUUCCCAGUGACUAUCCCUAUGUACCCCCGAAAGUCCACUAUCAAUCUAGAGGUCUUCGGCUCAACCCGAAUUUGUAUGAUAAUGGCCAUGUAUGUCUCAGUCUACUUAACACCUGGUCUGGCAGUAAGAAUGAGAAAUGGACUCCAGGUGUUUCAACAAUGCUACAGGUUCUAGUCUCCAUACAAGGUCUGAUCUUAAAUGCAAAGCCUUAUUUUAAUGAACCUGCAUAUGCAAGUAAGAGUGGCACACAAAAUGGUGAAGCGAAGUCCCUGAAGUAUAAUGAGAAAACAUUCAUUCUAUCAAUGAGGACAAUGAUGUAUACGAUGAGAAAGCCGCCAAAGAAUUUUGAAGAACUUGUUGAGGGGCAUUUUUACAGCAGAGCACACGAUAUUCUAGCGUCAUGUAAAGCAUACAUGGGAGGUGUUCAAGUUGGUCGUUUUGUGAAAGGUGGAGUUCGAGACGUUGAUGAGGAUGGGGGAAAAAACUCAGAUAAAUUUAAGGCUGAUUUAUUUGGAUAUGUCAAGCCUCUUGUAAUAGAGUUUGAAAAAAUUGGAGUGAAGGACUGCCAGAAAUUCAUGUCUCCGACUCCUCUGAAAUCGACUACUCCGAUACCGACUCCUCUGAAAGCGACUACUCUGAAAUCAACUACUCUGAAACAAACUCAUCUGAAUUCUCCGAAACCAACUCUUUUGAAAAAGCUUUUUACAUUAAGUUGUUUUUAG